AUGCCCUUCAGGCCACCACCUCCACAAGAUCUCCCUGCAGUGAACCAGCUGAAGCCAGCAGGUGACUUCAGCUUGGUGCUGGCACCGCCUCCACCGACGUCCUUGCCUGGUGCCGAAGUCCCCACGGACUUCGAGCGCGGCAAUGUGCUCGAGAUGCUGAAGCUCAGAAGCCUCGACGACUUCGAGGGGGCCUCCGAGAUCAGAAGAACAUCCGGCAGCUUGGUAUUGGCUCCGCCGCCUCCCAUCGGACUUCCGUGUGCCCCCAGGGCUCAGGCAGAGUCUUGCUUUGCGGCACCACCGCCUCCUGAUCUGCUGUUUCAUGCGAUGCCCACCAUCUUGGCAUAUCUGUGGGCCAUUGCAGCUGGCGUGUCAGUGGCAUUCCAGGUUGGAGGCGGCAUCAUCCUUAAUGACACGCCCUCUCCUGCAUUCGCCCAUGCUUCCUACGUGUUUUCCAUCAACCUCGGGAUCGGCGCAGUUUGGCUCCUGGCGCUUGUGCGACUACAAGGAGGACCAACCCCGAAUGCUCCGACGAGGAAGUGGUCAGUCUUGGGCGGAUUCGCGCACAUCCCUGUCUUUGUGUGCACACCUGCCGCGGCUUUCCUGGGUACGCAGAUGAUUCUGAUGUUGGUACUGGUUGGAAUGAUGACUUGUGCUAUCGUCUUCGACUGCCGCGGAAAACGGUUGCGCAUGACUCGCUACAAGUCCGUGGGUUUAUGCUUCCUUGCAGCCGCCGCGGGCAUCGAAAUGGCAGACUCAAUUAGCCAAGUCACGGGCUCCGCCGCGGAGAUUGCGUUCUAUGCAGCCUGCGCUUUGGUCGUUGGUGUUUGCUACAGCGUGCAGGCGAAGAUGAACAAACGGCUAGCCAGGGAUCUUGGCUCCUCAGCUCGCAGUGCUUUGUUUUGCAACGUGACUUCGAUGCUCUGGGCAGUCCCCCUAUGCAUCACUUUGCAGACGCGGGGAAUCCCACUGCACUUCCAAGAGUCAAAGUGGUGGAUCUGGCUGCUCUGUGGCCUACAGUCUGCAUUCUACACGUACUCACUAGCAGAAUUGCCGAAACUCAUUGGAUACUCGGUGCUUUUCGUACUUGUCUUAGCAGGCAAGCUGACAACCGCAUCCCUGGCCGACACCUUCGGCCUCUUCUCGCCCCCGCGACCGGUGUCGGUGGCACGCUUUGUCAGUGUUGGCAUCACAGUUCUUGGAGCGGUGCUGUUCUCCUACAACUCUGUGGGCUUGCCCGAAGUGGUUGGCAAACCUCUGAGACCGCCUCCUCCCAGGGGACUGCCAGAUGCGAAGUGUCGGAAUCCAGAAGGCAGCGACUGUUCAGAGUCCGGCGAGGACUCCGACGAUGCUCCCUUCAGCGAGGACAAAGAGAGGCAGCAGAGUGACAUGGAGGUUCUCCUGGCACACCGGUCUUCGUUGAUGAGAAACACUUCGCGGCAGUCCCGCUUCAGCGAGGAGGACAUCCCAGCGAGCGCGCACCAGCUAGCCCGAGAAGCUCGCGCAGAAGAGGACCAGCGCACGGUCGUCAAGCCAUCCAGGCUGUCGCUUUUCCACCGUGUCUUCCGGCACAGCAGAGCUGAAUGCAAAGAAGGAGGUGGGAGACAAAGCAUGCUUCACCAACUUCAUCAGGACGCAUCAAGACCAGAUGAUGCAUGGUUCCGCCGCUGGUCCAGCCUGCUUUCAAAGGAAGGCUUAGCUUGCACAAAGGUUGCUACAAAUGGGAAGCCUUACCCUCGACGCUUACUGGUCGACUGCAGGAACCUGAUGGUAGAGAUCCAUGGAGGCCGCAGUGGGACGGUUGGCAUCCUGCUGGAUGAUUUAGUCGACGUUUGCAAGGACCUGGAAAGCUCAGAAUUCGUUCGAUUUCGGCAACAAAAUGCCAGGCAUGAGAAAGAAUUGGCUUGUCGAGCGCGCACAGACACGACAGGAUUUGCUGCGAUGGCUCUCAGAGUGAACGGCGACGGCGAGACGCCAGUACCACCGAAGCCUCUCCAAACAUUCACGUUUGGGAAGCACAGAGGCCGAAGUUUUCAAGAUGUGGCGAACACGGAUGCAAGCUACUGCAAUUGGGCGCUGACAAUGGAAAACCCAAAUGGACAGCUGAAGGAGUUUCAACAGUAUCUCCAAAGGGUUCAAAAGAGAGUGCCUAAAGCGCCAUCCGCUCCCGCUGCGGCCUGUGCCCCCCGACCACUGGCCACGCCACAAAAAGGGCAGCUCGCAGCCGACAUCACACUGGUUUGCGAGCUCAUCCAAGAAGAUCAAUUCCUUGUGCGUGCUGAAAGGUUGGGCAGCAAGGAUCCGGUGUUUGUGCCACCGCAUGUGUGGCAAGCAGUGGGAAGACAGGAGGGCGCAUCCCUCGGAGUCGACCGGCGUUCCUGGCUCUUUCCCCUUCACAAAUACAAGGCUGUUGUGACAGGCUUGGAGGAGCUUGGCCAAGUGGAACACAUCCCGAGUUGGGUCCUGAACUUGCUACAAAAAGCACGGCGUGCUGCGGGCGAUAAAGUGCAGGAGGCCCGUUUGCCACCGAAGCUACUUCCCUACCAACUUGAGGGUGUACACUUCGGCACAGAAAAGGCAGGGCGUGUCUUGAUCGCGGAUGAGAUGGGCCUUGGAAAGACCCUUCAAGCACUGGCUCUGGCUGCUCAGUACAGAGAAAGCUGGCCCGUUCUGGUCGUUUGCCCCUCGUCAUUGCGAUGGGUUUGGCAGGAGCAGGCACUGCAAUGGCUGAACGGGGUCUUACGCCCGUGUGAUGUGCAAGUCAUUCGGAAAGGCUCGGAGGCCCUGAACCCCGAAUGCCACAUAUGGAUCAUCUCCUACAACCUGCUGGCCUCCGAUGCUAACCGAGGGAAGUUCACACAGCGUCCUGACGGAACGCCGCACGGCAUGGUCAUUGCUGACGAGAGUCACAACAUGAAGGACUGGGGCGCCGCGCGGACCAAGACAAUGGUCCCUCUGCUGCGCCAGGCACAGCGUGCAGUUCUGCUCUCGGGUACUCCUACGAGAAACUCUGCCGACGAGCUUCAUCCGCAGCUGUGUGGCUUGAUUCCUGACGUUGCGAGGCUUGUCGAUUUCCGAGCAAGAUAUUGCGUUAUGCAGCAGCAGUCUUUCCAUGGUGGACGCGCAAUAAGCAGAGUCGUGGGUGCUCGAUGUGCUACAGAGUUGAAUUUUCUCCUCAUGUCCACGGUCAUGAUUCGAAGGCAGAAGAAGGAAGUCCUUUCGCAGCUUCCUGAGAAGCGGCGGCAGCGUGUGCCGCUGGACGUUGAUGGAAAGUUGUUGCGCGGCGUUCAGUCCGAUGAUCUACAUGACUUCAUCGGAGAUGGUCCCUCGAAGCCAGACAGCUCCGACAUUUUCAUGCAGAUUGCGAAGGCCAAGCUCAAAGCUGUAAAAGAGUACCUUUCCGAAGUGCUGGAACGCGUGGACGACAAGAUCAUCAUCUUCGCACACCACAAGCUCAUGCUGGACGAAAUCUCGGAGCUUCUAAAGAAGCACCUGCCCAAGAUGAGUUGUUCCUUUAUACGAAUCGACGGCAGCACCCCAAUGGCGAAACGCCAAGAGAUUGUGAGGCAGUUCCAAGAAGAUCCCAACUGCCGAAUUGCUUUGUUGUCGAUCACCGCUUGUGGUGAGGGCUUGACGAUGACAGCUGCCAGCCUGGUUAUCUUUGCAGAGCUCUACUGGGUCCCGGGGUCUGUGGAACAAGCUGAAGCAAGAGCUCAUCGUAUUGGCAGUACCCACAGCAAGGUGGUCGUGGAAUUUCUGGUCGCGCCAAACACGCCCGACGAGAUUAUCUACAACAGCUUAGAGCGCAAGAAGCAGGACACAUCCGCUGUUUUGGAUGGCUUCGCAGAAUCCAUGAACGUGGCGCCAGCUAGCCUCGUACCUAAGAGGUCGGUCGAAGAAAGUCCCGAAGCACAGAAGCGCAGGAAAACGUCGGGACCGGAGGCCGUAGACAGGUCGAAGGUGGACGUGCUGCUAAAAGCCAUGCGUGAUGGCCAGAAGGCUCUCAGUCUGCAGACGGACUCGGCCUGCAGGGGUGUGUGCAGCAAAGGGGGUUUGCACUCCAUGCUUGCUUCGAUCGUCGCCUGGGACGGAAAAGCCCAGUGUUGCGUGAGUCUCUGGGGCGAUGACCGUCGGCAAGUUUUCGUGUUGGAAGCCGAGGCCUUAGUCUUGCACACCCCCGCCCGGUCCUUCUCCUUCCUCUUCGCAAACGGUGCGGCCCGCAAAGUCUCGGAAGUUCCGGAUCUGCACAAGCGCACGAGCUUGCUCAUCAGCUUACGCCAGUUUCGCAGCGGGACGUGUUCGGUCAGUCGACACCACGUCAGCCGCCACGACUGCACGCGACGCAGACUUGGACGAGCCCCCUACGCAAGCAAAUACUUCGCCUCCGAAAGAGGGAGAGUGACCUAUCCCAACCACUCCUGGUACGAGGGCGACUUCCGCGAGUACCAGCGUCAUGGCCGAGGGACCCUUCACCUGCCGGACGGCACGAAGCACGAAUGCCAGUGGCAGAAGGAUGAACGCCACGGACCAGGGAGAGAAUACUGGGCAGAUGGGACCGUCUUUCGCGGCAAUUACGUCCACGGAUUGCGUCAUGGCCACGGAGUGAUGACAUGGCCCGAGGGGUCCAGGUACACAGGGCUCUUCGAACGAGGUCGUGCAAACGGUGACGGAGAGCUGGUGCGCACCGAUGGUUCAGUCUAUCGGGGUCAGUUCAAGGAGGACUGCAUGAGUGGAGACGGCUGCAUGCAGUGGGUCGAUGGAGUCGAGUACAAGGGCCAGUUCGAGGCGAACCGAAGACAUGGCUUCGGAAAGAUGGUAUGGACAUCUGGGAAGUGGAAGAGCUACGAAGGCUCGUGGAAGGCCGGCGGUCAACAUGGUCGCGGCAUCCUCACAGAUCAAGACGAUGCUGUGUAUGUCGGCCAUUUCCUCGAUGGCAAAAUCGACCACUGGGAGGGAAGCCCUCCUGAUGCAGGCCUUUGA